AUGGUAACGGUAACUGGUAACUGUCACAGCCCUAAUAUAUAUUAUUUAAUUAUUAACAUGAUUAUUGAUCGACUUAAACCAUUUUUUCUCUGGUUACAUGAUGCAAAUCACGUAGCAAAUUUUCAACGAAAAUUUGGUAUAUUACCAAAUGAUUAUCCAACGGAUACUGUAUCAACAACAUUUUUAAAUCAAAAUGAAAAUUUUAAUAACAAUAACAAUGAUUCUAGUUCACAAUAUUGUAAUGGAUAUGAUCUUAAUAAGCAUAUAACAAAUGGUUAUCGUAAUGCAAAAGAUGAUGAUCUAAAAACAAAAUCUUCUCAACAUAAAGGACAUGAAAGAAAAAUAACAUAUGAUACAAAUGUUAUUGACGAAUGUAUAGAAGAAAUUCAGCAUAAAAAACGAAGUAGUAGUUCAACUGCUGUAGCACAACAAUUAGUUUCAAAAACCGAAUUAGCUGACAAGAGUAAAGGUUUAUUAGAUUAUAAAAUUGAUAAUUGGUUUUGGUAUUAUUUUUUUCAAUUUGGUGCCGCAUUAGGAAACGAAAUAUUUUAUAUACUCUUUUUUCCUACAUGGGUAUGGAAUGUUGAUGGUUCAGUUGCUCGAAAAAUAUCAAUAUUAUGGGCAUUUUUUAUGUAUAUUGGACAAGCAACAAAGGAUAUUCUAGAAAUUCCACGACCACGAUCACCACCAGUAUUAAAAUUAGAAAAACGCUAUUUGGAAGAAUAUGGUUUUCCGUCUACACAUGCAAUGUUUGCUGCUGGAAUACCACUAUCAUUGGUUUUAUUAUCCAUACAACGUUAUGAUUUUAACAUCUGGAUUGGAAUUGCAUUUGCUGCAACUACAUGUGUUUGGGUUUGUCUUAGUCGAAUAUAUUUGGGCAUGCAUACAUUUCUGGAUAUAAUUGCUGGCACAAUUUAUGCUUUGUUUUUGGUUUAUUUAAUGUUUCCUUAUGUAGAUGCCAUCGAUCAAUUUCAAUUAAAUUUUGCUCUAGCUCCAUUGCUUAAUUUUAGUAUAGGCAUUUUAUUAAUUAAAUUUUAUCCUAGUCCAAAACAAUGGUCAACUGCUCGUAGUGAUACUACUGUCAUUUUGGGAAGUGCAUUUGGUCUCUGUUCGGCAACAACAACUAUGUUUAAACUUGGUCUAUUAAAAAAACCAUUAACACCGCCUAUCUACUCAAUUAUCUAUCCAAAUUAUCUUCAUUGUUUAUUACGUACCGUAUUAGGUUUAAUACUCAUAUUUUUAACAAGACAAAUCGUUAAAAAUGUUGUAUUAAGAAUUACAUGUUUUAUUUAUGGUCUAGAUUAUCGUAAUCCAGAAUGUAAAAGAUUAGCUAAAAUAGAAAUGCCCUAUUAUUAUUUGACUUAUUUUGCAAUUGGCUUUAAUAUUUCAUUUUCAUGUCCAGUAUUUUUUCGUGCAAUUGGUAUUGGAAGAGAUUAUAGUUAUACAGAAAUUUAA